ACAACCAGGAGGAAUGUGAAGAGAAGCCACAUGAAUUUAAACACUAUAGGCAAUCCCUGGUUUCUCUAAAAAAUGUUCACACACAAAUGUUAAUACAAACUGGAGAGGGACCUUAUGAACGUACAGUAUGUGGGAAAGUCUUCACUUGUUCUAGUGACAUUCAAAGACAUGAAGAUACUCAUACUGGGUUGCAACUCUAUGAAUAUCAACAAUGUGGUGAAGCCUCAUCUUCUUCCACACGUGUUCAAAGACACAUGAGAAUACACAGUGUAGGUAAACCUUUUCAAUGUGAUAUAUGUGGGAAAGCCUUUCAUUUCUCUUCUUUAUUUAGAAGACAUGAAAUAACUCAUUAUGGAGAGAAACUCUAUGAAUGUAAACAAGAUCGUGAAACCUUUAUUUCACACACAAGUCUUCAAAGGCAGAGGAUCACACACAUGGGAAAUGCAUAUUUCAAAUGUAAGGUAUGUGGGAAAGACUUUGCUUACCCCAGUUUAUUUAGAAUACAUCAGAGAACACAUACAGGAGAGAAGCCUUACGAAUGUAAGCAGUGUGGCAAAGCCUUUUCUACAUCCAGUUACCUUCAAAUACAUGGAAGAACACAUACUGGAGAGAAGCCCUAUGAAUGUAAGCAGUGUGGAAAAGCCUUUUCUACAUCCCGUUACCUUCAAAUACAUGGAAGAACACAUAUUGGAGAGAAGCCCUAUGAAUGUAAGCAGUGUGGCAAAGCCUUCACUUAUUUGUCUGGCCUUUACAAACAUGAAAAAAUUCAUACUGGAGACAAGUCCUAUGAGUGUAUGCUUUGUGGCAAAGCCUUUGCUAGUUCUAGUAACCUUCAAAGACAUAGAAGAACACAUAUUGGAGAGAAGUCCUAUAAAUGUAAGGAGUGUGGAAAAGUUUUUGCAAGUUCCAGUGAUCUUCAGAUUCAUGGAAGAACACAUACUGGAGAGAAACCCUAUGAGUGUAAGCAGUGUGGCAAAGCCUUUACUACAUCCAGUAACCUUUACUCACAUGAAAAAACUCACACUGGAGAAAAGCCCUAUGAAUGUAAGCAGUGUGGUAAAGCCUUUGCUGCAUCAACUUCCCUUCAGAUUCAUGGAAGAACGCAUACUGGAGAGAAGCCCUAUGAGUGUAAGCAGUGUGGAAAAUCCUUCACUAAUUCCUCUGGCCUUCACUCACAUGAAACGGUUCAUAGUGGAGAGAAGCCUUAUCCAUGUAAGCAGUGUGGCAAAGCCUUUGCUAGGUCCAUUAGCCUUCAGAGACAUAGAAGAACACAUACUGGGGAGAAGCCCUAUGAAUGUAAGCAGUGUGGAAAAGCCUUCACUCAAUUCUCUGGCCUUUACUCACAUAAAACAAUUCAUACUGCAGAGAAGCCUUACCCAUGUAAGCAGUGUGGCAAAGCAUUCGCUCGUUCCUCUGACCUUUACUUACAUAAAACAAUUCAUACUGGAGAGAAGCCUUAUGCAUGUAAGCAGUGUGACAAAGCCUUUGCUGCAUACAGUAGCCUUUACAGACAUAGAAGAAAACAUACUGGGGAGAAGUCCUAUGAAUGUAAGCAUUGUGGUAAUUUCUUUGCUAGUUCCAGUUACCUUGCCAAACAUGAAAAAACUCAUACUGGAGAAAAGCCCAAUGAGUGUGAGCAGUGUGGCAAAGCCCUUUCUACAUCCAGAUACCUUCAGAUUCAUAGAAGAAUGCAUACUGGGGAGAAGCCCUAUGAGUGUAAGCGGUGUUUCAAAGCCUUUGCUAGUUCCAGUGAACUUCAAAGACAUGGAAGAAUACAUAUCGGAGAGAAGCUCUAUGGUUGUAAACAAUGUGAAAAAGCCUUUGUUACAUCUGCUCAGCUUCACUUACAUGAAGGAACCCAUAGUGCAGAGAAAUCGUACUCAUGAAAACAAUUGGCAAAGUCUUCUGUUAAUAAUGUUUCACUCAUUAACAUGUAGUAAUUUUUCUGUAGAAAAAUUCUUUGAAUGUGAAAUGUGGGAAAUCAAUAUUUCUUGUCAAAGUGAAAAAAGUGCUCACAUGUCCAAAUCUAUCUAUCUAUGUAUCUAUCUAUGUAUCUAUCUAUGUAUCUAUCUAUCUAUCUAUCUAUCUAUAGUACUGGGGAUUUAGUCUGGUGGUCAUCUAUCACUGAGCCACAAACUUUUUCCUUUUUAUUUUGAGAGAGGGACUUGCAGAGUUCUUUAGGGCCUUGCUUAUGUGCUGAGUUUGGCUUCACAUUUGUGAUCCUUCUGCCUCAGACCCCGAGUCUCUGGGAUUAAAGGCAAACACUACUAGAUCCAACUGAAUAAAGCUUUAAAUGUGAAGAUUGGAAAA